GUGCCACUGUCUCUGAGAAGUUCACAUGGAAGCAGAGGAAUAAUUGCUCUCUCUGGUGUCAAGCCUUGCGUGGCUUUUGGAUUCAAAUUUUGUCACUUCCGCUUCUCACUCGCAAUAGGCUCGGUGCUGUCCAGGCUCAACGAUCUAGCCUUCGCUACUUCGGGCCUCACUUUCCAAGAACUUUGCAGCUCUCUGCUGUUAGUUUUUAUAGAGGAUGGAGUCUGAGAACGGGUUGGCUUUGGAGGGUAAAAUUGUUGUCACUAAGAAAGCACCUGCAGAAGGAUCUGUCCAAGAAUAUAAGGUAGAACAAAAUGCUGCCCAUGGUGAAGGGGAUUUGAAUGCCAAGGAAACUUCUGAGCAAGUUGCAAAAUCUGAAGCUCCUAUCUCUUCCCCUGUGCCUACUGAUGCAGCUGCCAAGAUAUCAGAAAGUAAACUUUUAAAACCCUUGAAGGAACUUGAAACUCGUAAUGUUGCUAUCUCAAAGAAUGGCAAAGGAGGGAAGGAUAAACCUAAUUUGAAAGCCACUACUCAUUUCCCUCGUAAGCAGAGGCCAGUACUUUCUCAGAGUCUUUCAUUCCCAUCAAGAGGUGCUCUUGUUGACAGCAUGAGGAAGAGCAUUGAUAUACGCCCAGUCAAAAGCAAUGAUAAACAUGUCCAAGAAAAUGGGACAAAAGCCCUGGAUUCUGUGUCUAAUGGAUCAGUCAGUUCCAUGUCCAGGAGGCUUACAUCCACUGGAGCGAAACCAAAGCAAGCAAAUACAAAUGCCAGUGGAAUUUCUCUAAAGCGGACUUCUUUGCCAACCAUUCAUGACAACUUGCAGGCAGUGUCUGGCAAGCCACGUACCGUGAAUGAGGCCACUAUUCACCCUCCAUCAGAACCUGCUCAGUCAGACGAUCAAAAUUCGAAACCUUUGUCAUCCAUGUUACCGAGCAAAGAGGAUGAUGACACACACUCUACUAACUCAGGUUCUACUCCUAGUGGACGGAGAAGCAGUGGUUCUGGAUUUUCCUUCAGGUUGGAUGAACGUGCUGAAAAACGAAAGGAGUUCUUUUCAAAGCUAGAACAGAAGAUCCAAGCUAAGGAAGUAGAAAAAAGUGACCUGCAGGCAAAAUCUAAGGAGAACCAGGAAGCAGAAAUCAAGAAAUGGAGGAAAAGUUUGACAUUUAAAGCUACACCAAUGCCGAGUUUCUAUAAGGAACCUGCUCAAAAAACCGAACUAAAGAAGAUACCAACUACUCGUCCAAUAUCUCCAAAGCUCGGGAGGCAUAAGAAUGCUGUUGAUGCAGUUAAGAAGUCAUUGGACAAUGGUGCAUCUUGUCUUGGCCCGCUUCUGAACCAAAAGCAGGGCAAUGACACGACGGCAAGCCAAACAGACAGUAAAAGAGAUACCAUUACUUUUAAGAAGCCAGUUGGGAAGUCCCAUCGUAAGUUGCAAUCUGAAGAAUCUACGGGUGCUAAAACUGAGGGAAAGGCUGUCAAGACAAAACCAAAGAUAAAGGAAGCAGAAAAACAAGACCUGCUUGCAUGCGAUGAGAAUGGUGAGCAGAAAACUGAUCAAAUUGUCAGCCUGUCCGAAUUCAAGGAUUCAAUAGCCUCAUUAUCUGAAACAAAUCCUGCUCAAAAUGAAGGAGAAGUUUUUAUUCUACCAAAUCCUGAUAUCAUGCCGCGUGAAGUUGCAGUUGGAGUUUGAAGACAUGAUUUUCAGACCUUAAAUCCGUAGCUUUCAAAGUUGAAUUUCCAUCAUGCUGUGGAUAAGUGUGCUUGUAAGUUGCUGAUGACAGUUUUCCUGGCGAGUGUAAAUCGUAAGUAUAUUUAUCUAUAUUUUUAUAAGGAUCUUGUUCUGUUCAUUGAUUUUGUUUUUGCUCCAAGUGUGGCAAAACUGUGUAAAUCAAUAUAAUUUUUGAGGUUACAUAUGUAGUAGAUGUCAUUCCCUUUAUGUUGACAUGGCUUUAUUUUGGGUAUGAUGUAAUCUUGAACUUGCUGUGUCCAUUCGACGUGAUUCAUUUGAGACGGUCGGCCAAUGUCA